UUAACGCAGCUGGAGGAGCAGGAGGAGCUGGAGGAGCUGGAGGAGCAGGAGGAGCAGGUACAGGUGCAUGUGUCUGUCUGUUUAUGAACGAGGGGGAGACGGCGUGGAGAAGAGACGGAGACGGAGAGGGGAGAGGACAAAGGAGCCGAGAGGAGGAAGAGCUGGGAAGGAGAGGAAGAGGAGAGGAUGUCGGAGAGGAUGUCUUCGUGUGGGAGCCUGUAUGACAGCACCAACCUGCUGCUGCAGUACUGCAACAACGAUGACACGGUGUCGGCCGGCAGCAACAUGGACAUGGAGGACCGGAUUUCCCACCUGGAGCAGAAGCUGCAGCUGCAGGAGGACGAGAUCCAGCUGUUGAAGGCCGCCCUUGCAGACGCCCUGCGCCGGCUGGGCUACUGUGAGGAGCAGAGCCUGGGGCCGCAGCCGGGAGGCGUCCAUGCCGCUGGGAGGAGACCUCUGGCCACCACAGCUUCAGCACCACCUACCAAGGGUAAGAAAGUGCGGCAGCUCCUGCAGGCUCUCCCCUCCAGACCGCUGAGUAACGGCUACGUUCAGCAGAAACGCCUCCUCUCCUCCCCGUCCUCUCCUAAAAAGGAGGUGCUACAGUCCAUUAAGAGGAAAAGUAUGUCCACAGAGCGUCUCACCCUGGUGAGGAAAGAGAUGGGAGCGGAGAGUCGGAGUCGAACCACCUCCUCCAGCAGCUCCGGAGGAGGAAAAAGCAAAUCCAAAGAAUGCAGCUUUAAUGCAGAGGAUGGCUACGUGCGGAUGUUCCUCCGCGGUCGUCCCGUCACCAUGCACAUCCCCGAUCAGCAGAGGGAGAGCUACAGCGUCGACAACAAGGUGGCGCUGCCUGACCGCAAGCUCAAAUUGCAGUGGGUGUACGGCUACCGCGGACGGGACUGCCGCUCCAACCUCUACCUGCUGCCCACAGGAGAGAUCGUCUACUUCAACGCCUCUGUGGUGGUGCUUUACAACACCGAGGAGCAGCAGCAGAGACACUACCUGGGCCACAACGACGAUGUCAAAUGCCUGAGUGUGCAUCCUGACAUGGUUACCAUAGCAACUGGGCAAAUGGCUGGAAACUCUAAAGAUGGAAAGCUGCUGGCGCCUCAUGUUCGUGUGUGGGACUCUGUGAGCCUCAACACGCUCCAUGUGAUCGGGAUGGGAGUGAUCGACAGAGCGGUCACCUGUGUGGCUUUCUCCAAGUCGAACGGCGGCACCUUCCUCUGUGCCGUGGACGAUGCCAACGAUCACAUGCUGUCGGUCUGGAACUGGCAGAAGGAGAAGCACCUGGCUGACGUCAAGUGCUCCAACGACUCUGUGCUGGCCGCUGUGUUUCAUCCAAUGGAUGCCAACCUGAUUGUCACCUGUGGAAAAUCUCACCUCAACUUCUGGACCGUGGAGGGCAACACUCUGACCAAGAGACAGGGCCUGUUCGAGAAACAUGAGAAGCCAAAGUACGUGCUGUGCGUGGCGUUCGCUGAGAAUGGAGACGCCAUCACAGGAGACUCCAGUGGAAACAUCUACGUCUGGGCCAAAGGUGGUAGCCGCAUCAGCCAGGUGGUGUCGGGGGCCCACGAGGGAGGGAUUUUCUCCGUUUGUGUCCUGAAGGAUGGCACCAUGGUGACUGGAGGAGGGAAGGACCGCAAGGUGGUGCUGUGGGACCACGACUACAGAAAAAGUGCAGAGAUGGAGGUGGGCGAGCCGCUCGGUCCUGUACGGGCGCUGGCCGAAGGUAAACAGGGAGAGCUCUUCAUAGGAACCACCAAGAAUGCCAUCAUCAGAGCUGCCUUCCCCGAUACAUUAACUCCUAUUGUACAGGGUCACACAGAUGAGCUGUGGGGUCUGGACAUCCAUCCCUCCAUGGAGCAGUUCGUCACCUGCUCCCAGGACAGACAGGUUCACCUCUGGGACACCAACUCCCAUCAGCCCCUCUGGAGCAAGACCAUUGAGGAUCCAGGGAGGUCUGCAGGCUUCCAUCCCAGCGGUGCUGUUGUGGCUGUGGGGACCAUGACUGGAAGAUGGUUGGUGCUGGACACUGACACCCGGGAUCUCGUUUCUAUGCACACAGACGGCAAUGAGAUUAUCUCAAACAUCAAGUACUCUCCAGACGGUAACUUCCUGGCUGUCGCUUCUCACGACAACUUUGUUUACAUCUACGCGGUGACGGAGAACGGCCGAAAGUACAGCCGCGUGGGGAAAUGCACUGGCCACUCCAGCUUCGUCACCCAUCUGGACUGGUCAGCUGACAGCCAGUACCUCGUCACCAACUCAGGAGACUACGAGAUCCUCUUCUGGGAGGCAUCCAGUGGUAAACAUGUGACCAACAUGGACACAAUGCGCAACCAGGAGUGGGCCACGUCCACCUGCACUCUGAGCUUCAACACCUUUGGAGUCUGGCCGGACGGAGCAGACGGCACAGACAUCAACGCCGUGUGCAGGUCACAUGACGGAUCCCUGAUGGCCUCCGCCGACGACUUUGGCAAAGUGCACUUGUUCUCCUUCCCCUGCUCUCAACCAAGGGCUCCAAGCCACGAGUACGGUGGCCACAGCAGUCACGUGACCAACGUUGCCUUCCUGCACGACGACAGUCACCUGAUCUCCACCGGCGGGAAAGACACCAGCAUCCUGCAGUGGGGGGUCUAGGCGAUUGUUAUCCUCCCAUAGCUCCCAUCCUGUGGGGGGACCGGCGUCCUGCCACCCUCUUCACUGUUCUAUCCUCCUGCACCACCAGGGGGCAGUGUGUCCACUGUGCCUACUGGAAAUAAAAAAAUAAUCAUAAUGAAAAUAAAAAAACACACAUUACUUGACCCACAGAUGUCACACCAGAUGAGAUGUAUCAUUGUGAAAGAUAUAAUAUUAUUUAGUGUCCUGCUGUUUUGUAAUAGAAUGUAGAAAAAAUGACUUGAUGCCAUGAAGGAAGUGAAUCCUAACCUUUCCCCCAAAAAGAUUUGACUACUGCAACACCGACCCAGCAGGAAGCAGUGACCCUGUGAUUUAGCGUCAGUACUAACUGUGCCUAAACUGUAUUUAUCUCGACCCCCCCUUUAAAGGAAUUCCACCCAUUUUAAAGGAACGGGUCUGUUUGCAGGAUUUAGCGCCUUGAUAACAUGUACACUCUGCAUGCUCCACAGUCACGGUUAGGGUUUUAUUUAUAUGUUGGGGGUCUAAUAUUAGGGUAUUUCUCCUACUCUUCCAAGCAGCUUUUGGUUCCCAUAAAGUAUGAAAAUCAGUUGGCAGACUCCUGAAACUUGUUUCAUGUGGAUGCAAGGCAGACUUCAAAAUCAGUCAGCACGGGAUCAGCACCACCGCCCAACGAGAAUGUGAGAUUGACGGAAAAUAAUGCAGAAUUUGAUGUUCAAUGUAAUUGAUAACUCUGCUUAAAUGGUUUCUUGUAGAUUCUCACACACCAAAAUGCAUGGCAACCAAUGGAACUACACUAUAUAUAUAUAUAUAUAUAUA